AUAAUAUUUUGUUUAGUUGAUUUGAUUUUCUAAUUUUAAAAAGUAAUGAGUUUGUUGACAAGCAAAUAAAAUGCCGAAAGUUGUUUCUCGAAGUAUUCUUUGUACAGAUACACAGAAUCAUCAACAUGAAACCAAUAACUAUGAUACAAAUCUACUUGUAUAUGAUUGUGUAUGUGGCCAGAUGUGUUUAAUCAUCAAUCAGCCAUUAGAAACGUUACCAUUAAGAAAAUUUGAUGAAAGCCGUAUACUUGAUCAACAAAAAGAGUUUAUUUAUAAAUUUUAUGCACUUGAUGCUACCGAUGAAGAUUUGAUACAAAUUUCUCAUGAAAAUCAAUUCGAACGUAGAUUUCUUCGUCGAUGUCCUCGAUGUCGUCUACCCGUUGGUUAUCAACAAGAAAUUUCUCAACAGCAAUCACAACAGUCAACCAAAAUGAUUGUAUUCCUUAUACGUGGUUCACUAUUGGUACGAUCUAGAGUAUCUGGUACAUCAAAUCAUUAUCAAAAUCAUCGUAAAUCAACGAAUGAACAAAAUAAGAUAUUCAUAACAAAAAAAGAAAUGGGUAAAUUUAGUUCAGUUACGGUAUCUACUGUAGAUGAAGAAGAAGAAGAGAUAGAAGCACGUGAAGUAGCCGAUUCUUAUGCAGAAAAUGCACGAAUAAUUGAACGACAAUUGGAACGAAAACGAAUGCUAAAUAAAACAAAUACGGAUGCAUCAACAACAAUUUCACCCGAAAAUGAUAGUGAAAUUUCACAGGUUGAAUUGAAAAAACCAAAAGGAACAUUAAUUGAUAAAAAAAUUUUAUAAAUUUUAAGGAAAUAAAUUUUUUUUCUU